UAAAGCAUCACCACUGAACCAUGUGGUAACUCUCUCAGCUCGACCCAGAAGACGCUGAGCAACACUUUGAGCAGCUGACCUCAUCCACAGUCUUCUCCUGCAGCAGCUGCCCUCAUGGCCCACCCCUACGAGCCCUGGUUACGGACGGCGCCGCCUAGUGGCAGCUCAGAAGACAUGAACAUCCCGUCCUGGUGGGACCUUCACAGGGACGUGCAGCCGGGCAGCUGGAUAGACCUGCAGACGGGACAGGGUGUCGGUUUGCCCUCGGUGAGUCCGGGCAGCUCCAUGGGGCUGCAGUCGUCUUUAGGGCCGUACGGCUCCGACCCACAGCUGUGCACGCUGCCUCCAGCUCAGCACGCUCCGGCCUCGCACUCGUCCCACCUCUUCCCCCAGGACGGCUUCAAGAUGGAGCCGCUGGCGCCUGAGAUGCUGCAGCAGGAGACGUUCUCCUUGGAGGAACCUCAGGAGACCUCGGUGUCGGCUCGCCCCAAACCCCAGCGCCGCUCCUCCUCCCGAGGCGCCGGCCAGGCCGUGUGCCGCUGCCCGAACUGCGUCCACGCCGAGCAGAUGGGCCAGAGCACCGACGACAGCAGGAGGAAGCACAUGCACAACUGCCACAUCCCCGGCUGCGGCAAGGCCUACGCCAAGACCUCCCACCUGAAGGCCCACCUGCGAUGGCACAGCGGGGACCGGCCAUUCGUCUGCAACUGGCUCUUCUGCGGGAAGAGGUUCACGCGCUCAGACGAACUGCAGCGCCACCUACAGACGCACACCGGCGCCAAGAAGUUCAGCUGCGCGUUAUGCCCUCGAGUGUUCAUGCGCAACGACCACCUGGCCAAGCACAUGCGCACACACGAGUCGCCGCCAGGGCACGGCGAGGAGAGGGUGAACGGAGACGGGAGGAUGGAUAAAGGCUUCGAUGCAGCGACGCCUCCGCAGUCGUCCUCAAACGUGUCCGACGGCGCUGAGCCACCGCUGAAGCUGAAAUGUGAGACAGACCCUUCGGUGUCCAGCGUGACAGGGCAGUCCGGCUAAUUUCAUCAGUUUCAGAAGACGAAGGGUUAAAAAUCUGGUCUCCUCUCUGUCGGAGAGGAGUCAUAGUUUUACAGUAGAAGAGUAGAGAGUAGAAGAAAGUCUGGGACAAACUUUUACAGAUGAAAGCUGGAUGGAACAAAUAUUCAUCUAUGGUCCUGUGAAUUUACCAACUGGGUCAUUAUCUCAGUGAUGUUAUAGCAGAAUGAGUACAGGAAGUCUUUCCUCUGAAAAGUGAAACGGUGGCGAAGGAGGCAACGUGCUGUUGCUGGACUUCCAUUGCUGCUAGAGCUACAACUACCAGAAGACCAAGAGACUGGAUGAGUUGAUCAGAAAGUGUCUUGUUGACUUGUUUACAAUGAAAUUAAUCAAAUGUGUGGAAGCGAAGAGUGGUUUAAGUGAACUACUUUAAAGGAAAGGAGGCCGUGAUUACGUUUUCUUUAUGUUUUAGACUGUCACCACAUGUGUGCAGCCUACUGUACUGGAAGAUAAUAACAUCUGUAAAAGGUUAGAAGCCAUUUGGAGGGGCGAUACCAGUUAAAAUGGUGUUACUGCAGCACCACAAUUAUAAUAUAAUAAAGAAAUGGGAGAUCCAUGCACUAUAAAUGCUAGUAUUUACCAAACCUGGUGUGCUUCCACCACCACUGAUCUCACAGUAGGAGAAUGUGAACAGGUGUUCAACGUGAAACACCACAAAGCAAAGAACCACUACAGCGAUGUGAAAAACUCACAAUUAACAAAAAAACAAAACCGUGAACCUGAACAGUGAAGAUUCCUGUCAGGUGAGGAGAUGAAGCCGGACAUGGACAGAAAAUGCUGGCGGGUUAAAUGAAUCCAGGCUUCUGUCGGGACACGCUGAGACAGCAGCCACAGCUGGCAACAAAAUAAACACACAUUAUCCACAUUAUCCAGCCUGUCAGCGCUACAAGCUGCUGCCAUUGAACAAAACCUCUGGCACGAAGCUACACUUCAUUAGGAAGAUUAAUCCAGAGCCCUGCGCAGCCCCAAGAUUUAAAGCUGCACUUAAUAUUUUUACAGUAACAAUGGAUCGGUAUGUAAUGUGAAAGACGUGCCUUGUGGAGGUUUGUCACUCAGCUCUGCUUCCUGUUUUCGCAUCUUUUAGCGCAUUGUUUUGGUUUUCUGGCCUUCUCCGGUCACAUCGGCCACAUUUCCAGCUGCUGGCAGCUGCUUCGAGCAAAAAAACACUUCUGAUGAACUCACUUUAAACUUACUAGCCUGCAUCAAACACAAGAGAGGCACAGCUAACAGCUAGCUAGUUAGCAUUUACACAGAUGAGCCAAAACAGUAACAAAAAAAGCCUGAUUUAGGGUGUAAACAUUUCUGAUAUCAAAAUGUUGUCUGAUAUUUAAUGACGGGGCCGUUGGUUUCUGCUCUGCUACCAGUGCUGCACACAGUGUUGCAUGUUGUAUACAAUAAAGUUGGAGCUACUGCUGGAUAAACGACGUGUUAACACCAAUUCUAAAUUAACCCAAGCAUCUUUCUCUGCAGUAUGUUUGGUAAAAAACAAACUUCAUAUCGGACAACGUAUGCCGACAUCAGUAUAUCUUUAAUUGGCCAAUAUUAGCCAAUCGUAGCACUCAACUGACACAUCAGUCAGGCUCUGAUCACAACCACAGACACUGAUCAUUUCACUACAGUGCAAUGUUUUAUUUGGAAAUCUUAGACCUGGCAUUCUUUAACUUGUACCACCUACAUAAACAUGUCCUCAUGGUAGCAACUUCCUCCAACAGGACAUUGAACCCUGAAAAAUGCAAAAAGGGCUUCGGAAUGGCUCGAGGAACACGACAAAGAGCACAAAGGUGUUGACCAGGCACCAAAAGUAUCUAUGAGAAGCCUGAUUCACGGAGAACUCACAGAACUUGACUUGUCAGAGCUGUUUGACAGAAAAAUAUUUGGCAGAUAGUUUUAAUGUUGUGGCUCAUUAGCGUAGCAGCAUCUGUAAAACCUGACAUUUUACAAAGAAGUCGAUGGAGAUUAAAACAGACCUAAAAGAUGGACCUCUAUUCUUCAGAUGACCAAAAACGUAACUCCAAACAAAUGCUAACGGAGCUGCUGGACGUGUAACAAGGGAGUGUUAACAUGUUCACCGUAAAGGUGAAAACACAGUCAUAAUAUGUAAAUGUCAUGUUUACAGGUUGUUCUGCUGCCCCCAAGAGGACAAAAAUGAAAGAAAACCCAGAACAGAGCGGCUUAAUGAUAUUGGAACACGAUGUUCAUGUCAUAAAUGUGCGAAAGAAAAACAUAAAAUUGGCUCCAAAUGUCGAGGCUGUUGUGAAAUCAGAAGAUGUACCGAACGAUACCAUCCAAGUUUAGCUCAUUAAGCGGCUUUAUCUUCCAAAUAUCAUCAGCCCCAUAACCAUUUGCGUGUCGGAUCAAGCUGUAACCCAAGUUAUCAACAAAGAAUGUGUGAAGUGCUUAUCUCUCAUCACAUUUUAUUAACAGCUGUUGGUGCGUCUGAGCUGCAGUUUUUAUGCGUUCGCCGACAAAUAAUUCAGACGAAACAGUUUGUUGAAACAUGAGCACCGGAGAACGGCUGCGUCAGCAGUCUAGGAAGUGAAAUAAAAUGCAAAUGAACGACUCACGCAGAAAUUCUUUAGUUGACGUGUUUUGGAUAGUGAACUUUCAUAGUCGAUAUUGUACGAUCGAUAGUUCUGUAGCAAGCAGCUUUACACCACUAUUAGGAUGUAUGUAAACCAUCACAGACGUUAGGCAGAUUUCUAUAUAUUAGGGAGCUCGCAUUACUGCCGGCUCAUGAUUUGCUGUAUUUAUGUAUAGACAAUAAGAAAUGGAAGACAGUGCUUAAACAGUAGUCAAUUAUUGUGUAUUGACUAUUAUUAUUAUUAUUAUUAUUUUGAUGUUCUUAUAGAUAGGCUUAUAAUAUGUCCUGUUAUGGACAAGUUUUUAAACUGGUUGCUGUAGUAAAUGUCUUAGUUGUGGAGACUGUAAUAAAGUAAGUUCAAAACCUUUUAAUAAGUUAAAUAUCAUGGUGUAAUAACUUGUAUUUAAUCUAUUAUUGUUCUUUAUUAAAUAAAAAUAUAUGUAUAUGCUGUG